CCUCCUUCAUUCACACGCUCAGAAAGCUUUCCGUUGCUACAUACCACGUUUUCCAGAAAACCCUUUCCAUUAAAGUUAAAUUUCUUAACUUUAAAAUUCUGCAUUUAAAAUAAUGUCUAAUUUUUUAAUUUUCUCUAAUCAAACUAAAUACUUUUUUAACUAUCUCAGAAACGCUGUUUUAUAGCAGCACUGCAGCCGUCUGCAGUUGAGGCAGGGAAAAACGAGAGAAACAAAGACAUACAUACAUAAUUAAUUAACGCAGUUUUCCAGUUAAACUUUUUUGUACAACUUAUUUCAAUAUUUCAUUUAUUGACUAUUUAUUUUUUAAUCCACCGUAAAUAAUAACAUAAACCACAGCAAGCAAUACGUGUUCAACAGUAAACAUAACAAAGACUUCCAAGAACAUCGAAUAAAUAAACGAAGAUGGGCAGCGCAGGAACGCCUUCGUCAACAAAAAUUGAGGUUGGGAACCAUGAAAAGGAUCAUAACGACAUGCUGACAGCCGGACUUGAUUACCCGACUGCACUGGUGAUUGAGAAUGCACCGCCAACAAAUGGGAAACACCAGCCUUCGACGACCUCCUCCACCCUCGACCCAUGGAGCAUCGCGUCCCCGCAAACCUUUGGCGCACCCUGGAACGAACUGACCCCCGCGGAAAAGAGAAAAAGAGUGGUCAUCGGAGUGCUAAAAGCGAUCGGUCUCAUGUGUCUCCUUUAUUUCUUCGUCUGCUCUCUCGACCUGCUUUCGCUUGGCUUCCGGAUCGUGGGGGGUCGCACGACUGGGGACAUUUUCAGGGAUUCGCCUGCUUUAAAAAACCCUGUCGUAGGAGUCAUGGUGGGCAUUUUAACAACUGUGAUGGUCCAAUCCUCGUCGACAUCUACAUCCAUCAUCGUUUCGAUGGUGUCUGCCUCGUUUCUUGACGUCAAGCAAGCUAUCCCUAUCAUCAUGGGGGCCAACAUCGGCACUUCGAUCACGAAUACGAUCGUCUCUUUGACCCAGGCAGGGGAUAGGAAUCAAUUUAGACGUGCCUUUGCUGGAGCCACGGUGCAUGACAUGUUCAACUGGUUGACAGUUAUUACAUUGUUAAUUGUGGAAGUGACUACGAAUUAUCUGUACCACGUCACGACUGCUAUCAUGGACUCGCUCAUCCCCACAAACAGUUCUGGUGGGGGAGAAAUUGAACUGCUAGGAAAAAUUACAAAGCCAUUCGUCAAUCUAAUCGUACAAAUCGAUAAGGAAGUUCUGGAGUGUUGGGCCAAACCAGACUGUACAAAGCAUGAAAAUUCUUCCCUCAUCAAGGAUCUGUGCAAGGUGAAGAAAUCGUCUUCCAAACAAGCCCCCAUGGUAUCUUCAUACAUGGAAGAUUUCCAAGCAAAAGCGGCAGCCGCAUCAUUUCCACUGUUUCAAGAUGUCGAAACGACAACAGCCCUGCCGUCCGGCAAAGAACCUUGUUCUUUUCUGUUUCACGGAACGUCACUUUCCGACGCAGCCGCUGGUGCCAUCAUUUUGGUCGUGUCGCUCGUUGUCCUCUGCCUGUGUCUCAUCCUAAUUGUGAAAAUCCUCAACUCUGUCCUUCAAGGGCAGAUUGCGCUCAUCAUCAAGAAAACACUUAACGCUAAAAUUCCUUAUGUUCCUUGGAUUACGGGAUACAUUGCAAUUUUGGUUGGAGCAGUUAUGACAUUUUUGGUUCAGUCCAGUUCCGUUUUCACCUCUGCCUUAACGCCCCUCGUGGGGUUGGGUGUUCUCACCGUGGAAAGGGUGUACCCACUCACACUUGGUUCCAAUAUCGGCACGACAACGACGGCGCUAUUGGCAUCAAUGGCUGUGGAAGGGGACACAUUCAAGCCUUCGAUGCAAAUAGCUCUUUGUCAUCUCCUUUUCAAUGUAACCGGCAUUCUCAUCUUUUACCCCAUCCCUUUUCUAAGAUGGCCGAUCGCAAUGUCGAAAUUUUUGGGAGAUACGACCGCAAAAUAUAGAUGGUUCGCUAUCGUGUAUAUGGUUGCAAUGUUCGUAUUCCUUCCCGGGGUCUUCAUGGGAUUAUCAUUUGCUGGGACGGCGUACGUCAUUGUCGCUGCGGGAUUUAUUGUCUCCAUUUUUCUCUUCGUAUUAUUAGUGAAUCUCCUCCGAGCUAAGAGGCCGAGUCUUUUGCCCGGAUUCUUGUUAAGUUGGAAAUGGUUACCCAUCUGGUUCCGUAGUUUAGCCCCAUAUGACGCUAUUUUUACACAAUUCGCUUGUUGUAAAAAAUUGAAAGAAAAGAACGUGGACCCGAGUAGGAAUAAUCGUGACACCGAGUUGACCAUGUCUGACGAGAAGGUGGACAGGAGGGGGGUUGGCGAAAACAAUAGUCAUGCAACAGGUGGGAAUGUUAAUCUCGCCUUUUCUUCAGAGUAACAAGAUCAAAUGCAACAUUUUUUAUACUUGAAUAUUUCGAAUCCUAACUAAAUUAUUUAAUUAUGGUAAAUUGUAUAAUCAUAUUUUAAAUAAAUAAGUAUACAAAGCUAAAACAAUAUGUAUGUACAUAUUCAUGUAUUAUGGACGCAUACUAUAAUAAAGAAUUUUAUAUAUCCCCAGCUAAAACAAA